AUGCAGACUAUUUCGAAAUAUGCAACCAGGAGCGAAGCAAAUCACACAUCAGAUACACCACCACCUCCACAUCAGCAAACGUAUUCCAUAACCCAUUAUCCCAGUCAGUCAGGACUUGUACAAAAUCCACAAGAGCAGUAUGGACUAUCUCAGAAUGCCGCUCCUACACCACACUACCUGCAGCUCCUUCACCAGCUGAAUCAGUUACAAGCUAUUAUUCCCACUUUUCGGAAGACGACUCCCAGUUUAGUAUAUUUAGUAUGA